CAGUCACUAUACUGACUGAGCUAUGCUGGUUCAUAAGGAUUUUAACUUUGCACGUAAAUAAUGAAAGGUUUUAGCAUCUUUCAAAUAACCUUGACCCUUAUCGUGUUAGCGGUGAACUGAAAAAACUGUGGACUCAUUAUGAGUGCUGCAAGAUUUUCUUUAUCUGGUGAUUCUUAAUUCUGGACAGAUAUGGCUGAAGGAACUAUUUGUUUAUAUUAUUAUUUUCAUGCAGAUAAUUGUGCUACAGUCUAAUUAAGAGUGUAUUACUCUUGUCGUGGAUGUGUAAUAUGUUCACUCAGCUGUUCUCGUUAACAUGAGCAUGCAUCUUUAUUCCUAGUAUUCGUUAGAUGAAGUCCUCAUUUCAUCGAAAGAAGUUAAUGUUCUACAUUUAGAAAUACAGGAUUUUCUUCUUACACUUCAGACAUGGUACCUGCAAGAGCUGUGCUGUAUUUCCUCUCAUUCUCCGGAUUCCUCGUCAGUUUCAUGAUGCGCACCGAUAUCAACAUCGCGAUGAUAGCCAUGGCCAGAUUGCCACGUCCUUCGCUGUAUGCAGCAAAUGCUAGUAGCACCCCCAUGUACUGCUAUAACCCUGCUAACGUGACAGAUGAACUCGAUGCAGACAACGUAACUAAGGAAGAAGGCGAAUUUGAUUGGGAUGCAACCACGCAGUCAACCAUUCUGGGGUCAUUUUACUGGUGCUACAUUCUUUCGCAAGUAGUUGGUGGUAUACUGACGCAGUAUUUUGGCACAAAGACUGUGUUUGGGUUCUCGCAGUUCAUCACAGCCAUAUGCUCGCUGCUUAUUCCCUCAGCUGCGCCUUUGCACUAUGGCGCCGUUAUUGCACUGCGCUCCAUUCAGGGCAUUGCAUCGGGUUUAACAUGGCCAGCCAUGUAUGCAAUGGUUGGGCAUUGGAUUCCAGCAGUUGAAAGGAGUCGUUUCAUGUCAUCUUUCCAAGGUUUCAGUUUUGGGAUCGGUCUCACAUAUCCACUAUGUGGGUUCCUGAUUGCGCACUUUGGAUGGAGAGUUGUGUUCUAUGUGACUGGGAGUGUGGGUAUUCUGUGGUGCUUGAUAUGGUGGUUACUCGCAUUUGAUACACCAGCUCAGCAUCCUCGCAUUUCAGCCAGUGAACGCCGGUACAUUGAAACCAACGUUGGAAAUACAGUCGUAGGUGAAAAGGGUUUGCUGGUUCCGUGGCAUUCCAUUUUAACAUCUCUACCUGCCUGGUCCAUCAGUAUCACAACAUUUGGACGAAUUUGGAUUCAUUAUACUUUCAUCAUUCCUGGGCCCAUGUACAUGAAGACUGUUCUUGGCUUCAGUAUUCAAAAAAAUGGCUUAAUGUCUGGAGCACCAUUCCUGUGUAGCUAUGUCUCGUCAGUGCUGUUCUGUUACCUGGCCGAUGUUCUCGUAAACAAGAAGAUACUCAGUCUCACUAAUGUCCGCAAGCUCUUUACUGCCAUGUCCCAGAUUAUACCUGGCCUCUUGGUACUGGCAAUUGCAUACUUGGGUUGCAACAUCACACUGGUCCUUAUUGCUUGGUUUUUUGCUGUCACCCUAAUUACUGCUUCAUAUGCUGGUGCUAUGGCCAGUGUAGUUGAUAUAGCCCCAAAUCUUGCUGGUCCAAUCCUAGCUUUUGCUCAGACAAUUCACAUGACUGCAAGUUUCUUGUCACCAAUAGCUGCUGGAAUCAUUCUGCAAGAAAGUCAAACCUUAGAGCAGUGGCAGCAAGUAUUUUGGUUGUCAGCAAUUGUAAGCUGUGGUACAUAUAUCUUCUUCCAAGCGUUUGGGACUGCAGAUAUUCAACCCUGGAAUUACCCCAACAAGAAGGUACCUGUUGACAUAAAUCAAACACUACAGCCUCUACACUGCAAACAAAAUGGAACAUCAUUGAAAGAUAACAGCGAAGCAGCAGAAGGAUGACUGAACACUUGUAGAAGAAAUCUGCACUUUCAUUCCUGAUAGGAAUCGGUUUGUACUGUAAUGCGAUAAGAAAGAUUAUUAUUAGAUUCCAUUCAUCAACUGCAAUGAUGGAAAGGGCUGUAAGGGAUGGAGGAAGUGCCUUAAUGUAAGGAACUCACGAUAUAAAGGUUCUCUGUUGUUCCUUUCUCAUUUUUACAUUCUUCCAUUCUUACAUUCACUGUCAGUUUAACUUUUAUUAUCUUUGCAACACAAUUCGUAAACUAGCUAAUUGUGAAUUGGAUUAGCGUACUGUUAAACUGUUAAUUGUGGAGCUAAAGUGUAACUGGCAGCCUUGUAAUGUAGGGAUAUAAAUUUACUGUACCUAAACUAUGAAAGUUAAAACACAUACUGAAGGGUUUUGUGUGAGUGGGUUCUGAGGUACUUCCGCAUCAAAGGUUUCGCAGAAAGAUUCUGAUUUGAAAAUGAAUGCUUCUAUGUAAUUUAACCUUAUGACAUGCUUAACUCAGUAUAACAGCUGCAUGUUGUAAGAAUUUUUAUAUUUACAUUGAUAGUUAUUCUGCUGUUUGAGAAACUAUUACUAUGUUUACAAAAUCCAGUUGAAUCCAGUUCACAUUUUAACACCACAUUUUUAAUGUUAUCCAUCCAUCUCUUCCUAGUCUGCCAAGGAAGCUCGAAGUUUUCCACUGUAUUCAUUUCUACGCCCGCAUACAUGCUGUGUGUCCUGCCGAACUCAUCCUUUUUGAUUUAUUCAGCCUAUUAAUAGCACAGCAUAGUAAAAUGAAACUGUUAUUUGUUGUAUUCAACAUGCUAAAACAUGGUGUGCAGAGAACAUGUAAAUUAACAAGUCUGAUGGCUCCAGGGUACACUGAAUUUAAAUCACACACAAAAGUGUCUAGUCAAAAAUAGACACGUUUCGAAUCCUUACAGCUUGAAAGUUUUAUGGAAAUGGAAUGACAAAUAUUAGAGAAAGAAAACCAAUUCUACAAUUCAGACAACAUACAUUAUAUAGUGUCAUACCAUAUGAUGAUUAGUAUAUAAUGAAUUGGAAGGGAUGUGGAAGGAAGUGUCAUUGCCUAAUUCAAGGUUAUUUUGUGAAAUUUGUCUGGAGGGACUGAGUAAAACCCAAAUUUCAAUCAGAGUAGCCAAUCUGCAGACAAAGGGCAAUUAUUUGUGAUGUUUCAUGAAGAAACAACUUGGUAAGUAUUAAACCAUUCAGUGUCUGUCUUUUUGUACGUGUAAUGGGCACAUUCUCUUGUAGCUAUCAUAAUUCAAUUUAAUUUGUGUCAGAAAAUGUGUCUCAUAUAACUGUUUUAGUGACAUUUUACUGUGUUUUUUAAGAUAAAUGUAUCUUCGGUUUUGCACAAACUUCGUAGAGAUAUAAUUUUGAAGGUGAUAAAUUUUAUUUGAAGCAAAAUGCAGCAAACACCCAGCCCAUACUCUGUGUUUCCAGAACCUUCAAACACUUUUCUUGAUAUCACAGUUGUAAAGCACUGUCUGUCACCAUGACUUACUGACUAUGAUGUUUGCCUCUUGCUUCAGUAGCAAAAACUGUUUUUGUCAUGAAUACAUUUAAGUAUUACUUGAAAUUUUCUCCAGAAUGUUCCCUAAUGUUCUUUUGGCACUUCCUUUUUGUCCCCUUGAAGCCUUUUCUUUCUUGUUUAUAUAAUAAGC